GAUCCCGCAGCCAUAGCGAUGUGGUGCGCUUGUGGCCCAACCUCCAUGCCUGAAUCUCGAGUGAGCUUCAGCGUCACACUCCUGUAAUCAGUCUAUGAUCACACCAGUCUCUCCUCUGAAAGCAAUUGUCUACCGUCCCGAAACAAUUUACUGUUGGUUUCAUCUUGAUGUCGUAUUCUAUGAUUUUGUCGUUGAUCAGACCCCAUUUUCCCUCUGUUUCUCUCCCUCAACGCGGCCAGAGCCAUGUUCAGGGACGCCAAGGAUCACAAACAUAGGCCUGAUGCUCUGCGACAGCCGCAGAGGAGAGAUUCCUUGUCGUCAAUUCUCUCAUGGGCGGCGUUGCAGGGCAAGAUCACCGCUUCCAGGACUUCAACGGCACCCUCCUCCACCGCAUCGCCUCAACCAAGCCCUGGCACCAGCACCAGACCGCGGAGGCACAGCCAGAGCGCCAGCACCGAGACGAAAACGAAGGCACGUAGAGGUUCCUCCACGUUUCGAAGACUUUCUCUUUCGACGCCGACCGCGACCCACGAUGAGGCUGGUACUAAGACGAGACAUUCAAAGACAUUCAUGGCAGCAGACUCAAAAGCCUCGCCGGGUACCAGCAAGACCCCCAAGAAUGGCUCCUCGGAGAAGAUCAAUAAGACGCCGUCCCGCACUCAAGAUGGCAUGGCGAUCACUCCAGCCCGGCCGCAGAGCGCCCAAGACAAGCCAAGGCCUCCUGGAUCCCCCGUCACCAUGCCCAAGUCCAUCCUCCGCGUCUCCAGCCCAGAUAGCUCCAGACGCCCUCGACAACUCGUCAGCCCAGAAACCGGCGAACCCACCAGCCCCAGCCCCAGCCCCAGCCCCCUUCCUUCCUCCGCAGUCUUAGGCACCCUCCCACCCGACUCCCCGGCCGGCUCUCCCCCAAUGUCCCCUGUCCAGAGGCCCAUGUCCCCCGGCGCGACAGUGCGCUUCGCCAAGGCGACCAUCCACCGCGUCGAGGUCAUCGGCGGCGCCGGCCGCCGCCGUCUCCUGCCCGUCAAGCGCAAGAGCAAGAGCACGCUGACCUACCUCUCGCCGCUCGACCCGGGCGCGCACAAGAGCGCCGUCCCCAAGACGAUGCUGCAGAACCCCAUCAAGCUGCGCCGCCACCAAGAGAACCAGGCCGCCAUGGGCCGCUACUGGCUCCGGACCGAGGAGGAAGAGGCCCAGUGGCGCGCCGAGGCCGAGAGGAGGGCCGCCGAGGAGGCUGAGAGGUACCGCAAUGAGCCGGCGAGUCCGCCUCCUGUUGGUGGGUCUGCUGCUGAUGGGGGGUCUGUUGGGGAGGGACUGGGGCCCAGGUUUGCAAGUAAGAUUGUGGCAAUUGAUACUCUGUCUUCACUGGAUAGUGGCCAGGCGCUGGAUAAGGUGGUGGUGGAGCUGGCGGAGUCGAGGCCGGGAAGUCCGGGUUCGGAUGCUGGGACGAAGUGUAACCAAGGGGAACCCGGGCCGGAUGUGUUGAAAAAGUCGAAAGAGGAGAAGCGUGGCAGUGACGGGGCCAGAGAGGUCAGAGUGGAAAUGAUAAUGGCUACAGAAGCUACAGAGGAACCUAGGCUGCCAGAUGUGCGCGCCACAGCCUCACUCUUAGUGCCGGAUGGGGCUACGUCUGAGUCGCCCACCCCAGAGCAGGCCACACCAGAGAUGCCCGAUCUGAAGCCGACCAUUACAGCCGCAGCAACACAACAACCGUCAGUACAGCCAGCAGAUGCGACAACCACAACACUAUCAGCAGAGACAACGCUGACUUUAACACCCAAAAACCCCAAGCCCGCCGAUUCCCGGUCCGUGUACGGAAGGCUGGUUGAGAAACUGGUUGAGAAGCAAGCAGCGGAGGAGGGAGCAAAUCGAACCCAAUCUCCACCACCCCUUGUCGAGCCACCUGAAUCAGCUACCACCAAGCCCGACACAGACUUCUCCAAACCAGCCGGUUCCUCCUUCAGCUCGCUCUCCAAAGAGGGAUCUUCACAAUCACCUUCAGGCAGGCCAAGCAGCGCCAGCAGUGGCUGCACUCUCAGCACAGGUUCAUACUCAUACCCAGGGGAGCAACUCCCCAAGAUCUCUUUCAGAGAGAGGGAGAAAGAAUUCGAAAAAGAAGUUCGGAGAGGAACAGACAGACAAGAGGACAGAGACAAGGAGAAGCAAAAGGCGGGAGCAAAGGAGAGUGAAAGGGGCAAGGAAAAAGAAAGAGAAAAGCCCAGGGAGGGCAAAGCAAGAACAGUAUCACCGACUUCCUACCGAGCGGCGACCAAGGAACCCAGAUCAGAAGGAGAAGCAGGCAGGAUGCCAAAAGCGUCCGGCUCCACCUCCUCCAGCAGGACGGGACAUAGCAGCAGCACGACCAACCAUCUGCAUUUGUCUGGGCGGAGAGGCAGGCGGUAUUUCGAGGAGCAUAAGCAGGGCAUCACAGCUUAGUUUUUCGUUUUCUCGUGUGCUAUAUCGUGUGAGGAGUUUAUCAUUAUGAUGGCGUUUGUUGCUUUCUUCAUUAGCGUUCUAUUGAUUCGGGUCCUUUCCUUUACGUCCUGCAUCAUUGGCAACGCGAUCAUCCCACUUUAUCACUCCCAUCGCCUUUUUUAUUGUCUUUCUUUUUCCUGUGGUAUAUUAGGCAUCUGUAUC